AUGGUGGCUCAACUGGAGAUCGAGUGCGAGGAGGAGGUCCGUUCCCUUGGACUGGGACCAUUGGAAAGACUUGAAGAACAAACUAAACAAAACGACAUGGACCACGCUGACCUGAAGGAAACUUUUGAAAAGGAAACAACUGAAAAGCAGAAUGAGGAUAAUGAGGCUCCAGUAUCAACAAAAGACAACGAGGAGCCCAACGCUGUCACUGGUGUACGGCAAAAGAAAUCUGAUGACAAUCUCAAGAAGAAGCUUCCAGAGGAUGACACAGACCAGAAAGCUGUGGAAGAUGUUGCCGACAAAUUUGCUGGCCUCGCCGUGGAUACAGAUUCACAGUCUACUUUACAAGCUACACCGCCCAGUCCGGAUCGCGUACCAGCCGUCCCUCCUCAGGAUUCUGUGCCUAUUGUGCCCAAUGCAUUGGUCGUGAAUGCGCGAUCCCUACGCAAAAACAAGUCGAUCCUACAGCGUCGUCUUGAUGAUGAUCUCAACUUAGCGCGCGUCAUUCUGGUGUCCGAGACGUGGUACAAGGAUAAACAUACCGAAAUUGAAAGAAGCAUAAAUAGGUAUAAUGGUUUCUUUGAAGAUCGAAAGGAAGAUGUAUCAGGGAAGGGAAGAGGAGGGGGUGCGGCGGUCUAUCUCUCAGCUGCAGACUGUUCAGAAGCAAAGUAUGUGUACAAAGAAUCCAGUCCUCAUAGCGAGGCUGUAGGGGUGACCUUCGUGUUCAGAGGCGUGGUAUGGUUGGCGGUGUGUAUUUACAGUGUAUCCACAAGAUGGGACGAUGAAGAGGAACGAACGAAUUGGAACAACAAAUUCAUUCAGUGGGUACUUGCCAGCGAAGGAGCUAAAGACAUAGAUUUGGAACAGACCAUUAUAGUCGGUGGAGACCUGAAUCACAGUGAAGUGACAUUGCCUGGUUUCACCAACUACGUAAGAACUAGGACUCUAAAACGGGAAGGGGCAGCUGACACUGAACACAUCAUCGACCUACUCUACACCAAUAACGCCAGGGGUUGGGAUUCGGUGAACACCUUGGAAGACGAGACACACGGGCAGAUCUCGGAUCAUUUCAUUGUGAGGGCUUUCUCUCAAGAUAUAUGAAAGUAAUUCCGGACGUGGGAGGAGUUCCAGCUAACAAUUUCACGUUGUGACAACGUAAAGAUAACGUUGUGUUUUCGUUGUGGUAACGUUAGGGAUAUUACGUCCAUAUCACGUUAUUCUGUGGAUUCCAAUUGUGGGAAACCACGUUGUCACAACGUCAUGGGGUAACAUUGUGUUACGUCAUAUUCACGUCGUCAUAACGUUGUGUUUUUCCGUUAUGGGAACGUUGUAUUUAACGUUGUUAUAAUGUUGUAUUUUACGUUGUGGCAAUGUUAUAAUAUUACGUCCCUACGACAUUAAUCUGUGGACUACCAUGGGCGUUGUCACAACGACGUGAAAUAACUUUGUGUAAGUAGGAUGAAAUACGUUAUGACAACGUUUACUCAUGUCCAUUCCCCGCGAAAAUGGUGUAAAACAUCCCAAAACUAUUUCGCGACAUGUUCCGGAAAUGUUUUUGAAUAUGCUUUAGUCACGUGUAUGUGUAUAUUUCGAGAUACCCUAUACUAAUGUUUUGAAAAGCCCAGUUAACAGUCAGGUCGUGAUUUGCUGACAAUGUUCAAAACGUAAAAAAACCACUGAGCUGAUAACUAGAUACAUUAUGACACUAUGGCCCUUUAGGCCUGUCCUGCAGGAAACAAAAUAAGGACAGACAGGGUUAG